AUUCAAUAUUUAAUUUCAAAAAACAUAUGUGUUUAAAAACUACAUCAUAAAAACACUUUUGCAUCCCUGCUUUUGUGACGUCACUCAUGCCACAGACAAUUUCCUGCGCCACCCCACUUUUAUAACCGUGCUCCCUACAAAUAGCCUGUUAUUGUUGUCUGAGCCACCGCGAAGCGAUAUUUGAAAUUACUUGACCAGCUUUUGGGUCUUUUCCUAGAUUAAAUAGAUAACAUUUUGCCAGCAAUGUUUUCCAGAAAGAAACCAGAGCCAGCGAAAAGAAGACAACAUGAUUUGUCACAGUUUGGUCUUACGGAAAUUCCAGAUGACUUUGAUCCCAGCGCCGGCUACGGAGACGAUGAUGGCGGCGAUAGUGAUCUGGAAGCAGAGUUGGCUGCCAUAGCCGGAGGAGGAGGACCCAAGCCCAAAGCAAAACCCAAGCCUAAGCUUGUGCCUGCUAGCGACCUAGACAGAAUGAUUGCGGAUAGCUUGCGUGAUGUCAGUGACGACGACGACGAUGAUGCUCUCGAAAAUGACUCCGAUUUGAUGGGUGAACUGAGUGCCAUCGGUGUCGAGCAUGAGGAUGUGGAAGAGGAGCCUGCCGCAGCAGCUCCUGUUGAUGAUGAAGAACCACCACAAACUUUUCUUCCAACCACCACGGUGGACACAUUGGGCAUCAUCAAGCAGCGCCUGGAGAUGUACAAGGUUGCCGAGGCAAACGCCAGUGCAGCGGGAGAUUCGGGCAAAGCAAGACGCUUUGGAAGGGGUCUGAAGACCCUGCAAAGCCUCCAUAAACAAGCUGCAGCAGGAAAAACUAUUAACGUGGAUGAUAUCCCACCCGAGGUCAGUGUGAAACCUGCUGCCUGCGUGGAUCCUGCGCCUCCACCAGAAGCUGAAGCGCCUCCAGCCGCACCUCUGGUUCCAGCUCGUUCCGCACCGGCACUGCCUCCAGCACCACAGACACCCACGGACUCCACGGCUCCAUCUGUGUCCUCCAAUCCUCUUGUGGCACAAAUGCGCACCCGCCAGAACGAAUAUAAAGCGGCUGCAUUGCAAUCCAAGCGCAGUGGAGAUACGGCAACUGCCCUCCAGUUCCUCAAGGUGGUGAAGCAAUUCGAUGUGGUGGUCAAGAUGUGCGAAGAAGGACAGGAAGUUGAUCUCAGCGACAUGCCUCCACCGCCAUCUGAGUUUCUUGAGUUUUUGGCAAAGAUGCAGGGAUCUGCUGGCGAGUCUGCUCCUGAAGCUCCUGCCGCGCCAGCUCCAGCUCCCGCCCCAGCUCCUCCAGCAGCGGUACCACCAACAGCUUCUACUAUACUGGAAGCCCUGCAACAGCGUUUGGAAAAGUACCAAUCAGUGGAGGCAGCUGCCAAGGAGGAGAAUAAUACCAGCAAGGCGAGAAGAUUCGGACGAAUUGUGAAACAAUAUGAAGACGCCAUUAAGCUCUGCAAGGCUGGGAAGCCAGUGCCUUACGAUGAACUGCCGGUACCCCCCGGCUUUGGACCUUUGCCAACUGGUGAUGCGCCUCCUGCUGCUGAAAGUGCUCCAAGUCCAUCACCGCCAACUUCUCCGACAUCUCCGCCUGCGACUGCCACCACUUCCUCUGGAGGUACUCCCUCCAGCUCUAGUGCUGCCACCCCCACACCUGUUCGAAAGUCUCCAUCACCCCAGAAACCAAAAGAGCUGACCACACGCAUCUCUGGAAACCAACAAAAGAGCAACCUUGCCGAGCAGCAGAUGAAGCUGCUGCUGGAACGUCAAAAGGAGUUCAAGAUGGCUGCAAUAGACGCAAAGAAAGCUGGGGAGAUUGACCAAGCCAAGGAGUACUUGAAGAUAUACAAGGGAUUCGAUUCGCUGUUGAAUGCUGCAAGUAGUGGCCUACCUGUGGAUCUUUCGACGCUUCCUGUUCCACCUUCCCAACGCGACAAUCUGGAGGCGUCAUUCGCCAUAGUUUCCGCCGAGGAGUGUGAUCCCAAUGACACCAUCUGCGAAAUAGGCGUUCGCAUGGAGGAACAACUCGCCAAGCAGUUGAUGAUGUGCAAGAAUACCAGAGACCAUCACAAGGCCAUGGGUGAUGUAGCUGGCAUGAAUCGAUUUGAGAACCUGGCUUUAACCGUCCAGAAAGACCUUGAUUUCGUUCGGUACUCCAAGCGCAAGGGUUUGGCGCUUCCCAAAUUUCACUACGAGAAGCGCAACUUCAACAUUGUUCACUGCAACACUGAUCUAACGGAUGGCGAGUUGGAGAUCGUAGUAGUGCGGGGAAUCAAUUACAAUGUUCCCAAUCCAAAGGAGGUGGAUACCUACGUUCGUGUGGAGUUUCCACUUCUUAAUGAUGAAUCUUUUAAGACUAAAACUAAUGUAAUUAGAGAUACCAGCAGUCCGGACUACGAUGAGCGCUUCAAGGUGGACAUUCAGCGCAGCAAUCGGCAAUUCCAGAGAAUCUUCAAGCGGCAUGGAGUUAAGUUCGAGAUCUACUCUCGAGGCUGCAGUAUAGACUGUUGUGGACUUAGUCGUAAAUUGCCCCUAUGUUGUUUCAGGGGAUUUCUGCGUUCGGACACACUGAUCGGCACCAUCAACGUGAAGCUGCAGCCGCUGGAAACUAAGUGCGACAUACACGACACCUACGAUCUAAUGGAUGGUCGGAAACAGGUUGGAGGCAAGCUGGAGGUUAAGAUUCGAGUCCGCAACCCCAUUCUCACCAAGCAGAUCGAACACAUCAACGAAAAGUGGUUAGUCCUGGAUGCCGAAGGCUGAAUAGGACCAAAAUCUUACAUAGUUAUUUUAUUUGGAGACGGAACUCCAGGUUGUUAUCGAUUCAUGUGAUUCCUCGGGAAAUAUUUCACACUGAGAAUUAAAUAGUUUGGCCAAUUCCUUCCCAGGAUUGAGGCAUUUAUGUAUUACGAACACAACACACAUAAUAUAUAAUAUAUAUCUA